GGCGAGUCACCUGCCAUGCUGAUGCUUGUGAAAUCACUUGCUUGGGCCACUAUACGAAUUGAAAAAGGUGUCAAAAAGCCACAGCCACAGAUGCUGAAGACUCCUGCUGCUAAUGGUAUCAUUGAAAGAGAUGAAACACCUAUGGAGAAAGAAAUUGCGCGUCUGCAUCGAGUGGACUUUGAAUUCUCUGACAUAUUCUACUUCUGCAGAAAAGGCUUUGAGGCCAUUGUGGAAGAUGAAGUCACCCAAAGGUUUUCCUCUGAAGAGCUGGUCUCCUGGAAUCUCCUCACCAGGACUAAUGUCAACUUCCACUACAUCAGCCUGAGGCUGACUGUUGUGUGGGUCAUUGGGGUUAUAGUGCGGUACUGCUUCCUGCUGCCCCUACGCUUUACCCUUGCUGCCAUUGGGAUUACCUCAAUGAUUGUGGGGACAACAGUGGUAGGACAGCUGCCAAACAGCAGUGUGAAAAACUAUCUGAGUGAAGUGGUCCACCUCACGUGCUCCCGCAUCCUUGUCAGAGCUCUGUCUGGUACUAUCCAUUAUCAUAACAAGGAAAACAAACCUCAGAAGGGAGGAAUUUGUGUUGCCAACCACACAUCACCAAUAGAUGCGAUUAUUUUGACAAAUGAUGGAUGCUAUGCAAUGGUUGGCCAGGUUCACGGUGGACUAAUGGGAGUUAUUCAGAGAGCCACAGUCAAGGCCUGUCCUCAUGUCUGGUUUGAACGCUCGGAAAUCAAAGACCGCCAUCUAGUGACCAAAAGACUGAGGGAACAUGUGGCGGAUAAAAGCAAGCUCCCAAUCUUAAUUUUUCCAGAAGGCACCUGCAUAAACAAUACAUCUGUGAUGAUGUUCAAAAAGGGGAGCUUUGAAAUAGGAGGGACAAUCUAUCCUGUUGCAAUCAAAUAUGAUCCUCAGUUUGGAGAUGCAUUCUGGAACAGCAGCAAAUAUAACAUCGUGAGCUAUCUGCUGCGAAUAAUGACCAGCUGGGCCAUUGUUUGCAAUGUGUGGUACAUGCCACCAAUGGUUAGAAAGGAAGGCGAAGAUGCUGUUCAGUUUGCCAACAGAGUGAGGUCAGCCAUUGCUCGCCAAGGAGGACUGACUGAACUUCCCUGGGAUGGAGGUCUAAAACGAGCGAAAGUCAAAGAUACUUUCAAAGAAGAACAGCAGAAAAACUACAGCAAGAUGCUAGUAAGAAAUGGAUCAGUAGGAAGUCUGUCUGCAGGAACAGAGUCAGACUGAAUUGUCGUUCCUGAAAACUAACUUUGCACAACCAGCCUUAGCAGGAAUAAUGUUUUUUAAUUAAAAAAAACAACAAACACAAACUGGAGCAACAAAAUCCCGCAUCACGUUAUGCAUAUUCUCUGUAUGGCUGGUGCAGAG